AUUCGCCCCUGGUUGUGAUCACCGGCAACAUGGCGCAGGCCUACUUCAUCAUUGCUCUGACGAUAGCCGGUGUGUGGGCAGAGGCACCUCUGAGUAGAGAGUACCUGCCGUCUGCUCAGAAUGCGAGACAGCAGCAACUAUCGCAACAAUAUGGUGCUCCUGGCGCAUCAGCUAGGUUCGGAGGCAUGACCAGACCUUCCGGGCAAGCAGCUUCACGCCUAUUUAGUGGCUUGAACACUCCAUCUACUCAGUACGGAGCACCAGGAGCAUCAAGCCGAUUCGGUGGCUUGAACACUCCAUCAACUCAGUACGGAGCACCAGGGGAAUCAAGUCGAUUCGGUGGCUUGAACACUCCAUCAACUCAGUACGGAGCACCAGGAGCAUCAAGCCGAUUCGGUGGCUUGAACACUCCAUCAACUCAGUACGGAGCACCAGGGGCAUCAAGCCGAUUCGGUGGCUUGAACACUCCAUCAACUCAGUACGGAGCACCAGGAGCAUCAAGCCGAUUCGGUGGCUUGAACACUCCAUCAACUCAGUACGGAGCACCAGGAGCAUCAAGCCGAUUCGGUGGCUUGAACACUCCAUCAACUCAGUACGGAGCACCAGGGGCAUCAAGCCGAUUCGGUGGCUUGAACACUCCAUCAACCCAAUACGGCGCUCCCGCCGCCUCCAGCAGGUUUGGUGGAGUGAACGGUCUUUCCACGCAAUACGGUGCUCCUGAUGCCUCCAGCAGGUUUGGUGGAGUGAACAGUCUCUCCACCCAGUACGGCGCUCCCGCCGCCUCCAGCAGGUUUGGUGGAGUGAACGGUCUCUCCACUCAAUACGGCGCUCCUGAUGUCUCUAGCAGGUUUGGUGGAGUGAACGGUCUCUCCACUCAAUACGGCGCUCCCGCCGCCUCCAGCAGGUUUGGUGGAGUGAACGGUCUCUCCACCCAGUACGGCGCGCCGGCCGCCUUUAGCAGGUUUGGUGAAGUGAACGGUCUCUCAGCCCAGUACGGUGCUCCCGCCGCCUCUAGCAGAUUUGGUGGAGUGAACGGUCUCUCAGCCCAGUACGGCGCGCCCACCGUCGGAAGGUCUGGCCUCGCCAACACGUACGGCGCCCCCGCCGACUUCUCCCGCAACUCCGGACUGCCGGCCGCCCAGUACGGCGCUCCUCUCGCCGGCUACAGCGCCCAGGAGGACCCUCUAGCCGAGCCCGCCAACUACCAGUUCUCGUACGCCGUGCAGGACGAGGAGUCGGGUAGCGAGUUCGGGCAAGAGGAGACUCGGCAGCUGGAGACCGCCCAGGGCUCGUACCGCGUGCUGCUGCCGGACGGGCGGCUGCAGGUGGUGGAGUAUCAGGCGGACGAGGAGGGCUACAAGCCCGAGGUGCGGUACGAGGAGACGGCUGUGUCGCGGGGCGCCGGCGGGCCGUACCCCGCCUCCAGGGCGCUGCAGGGACCGUACUGAUGAUAUUGAUUAUUUAUCACGAAAUAACCCACCUUGAUUUUUUUGGACAUUUUAAUAAAUGUUGACCCAUUUUAAUGUCUAUGGCUAACGAUUUGGUUAUCAUUUGUAAAUGUAAAUAUUUCGUAGAAAUUAAUCAUAGUUUAGUUUAGUUUGUGCAAUUCAUGUUGUUUAGUAAAAUAUUUAUAUUUUUUUAUGGUUUACUAGUAUCUAGUAAAACUGUAUAAAAUAAAGAAAUUUCCUUUUUUAUAGUUUUUUAUAAGAUUUAGAUUCAAAUGACAAUGUAUAUAUAUCCGUCUGUGGUGAAAUAUGUCUAUUGAUACUUGUAGUUCUCUUUGGUAAUGUGCGUUUUGUGUAAAUAAAGUAUUUUCUAAUAUUUUAA